GCGGCCGUGGCAAGUUCAGACAGCAGAGACCCGUUCGUAAACCAGCCCGAAAAAUACAAAUAAGAGGCCAAAUAAUAAAAAAAUUAUACAAAAAAAAAAGUAUAAUAAAAACGGCAAAUAAAAAGCAACAAAGUGGAGCGCACCCCAUAAGCAAAUCAUCGCCGAGCCACUCGAACACGUUGCCGCCGCUGCUGCCGCUGUCUCUUUCACCCCAGUGCUUUCCCUCUCUCUUUCUCGUCGCGUAACGUAAGCGUAUUACAAAACAAACGCCAACGUAAUCAAAGAAAUAAAUAAAAUAAAGUUAAGGCGCUCGGUCGCGUGUUUCUCAGUGUAAAGAAAUAAAAUAAAUAAAUUAGUAACAAAAUAUUGAAAGGGGUCCAAGUGCAGGCCCCCCAAUUUGCCGCGCACCCUUUUCCCAAAUAAAAAAUUUAACCCGUGUGUGCGGCGGGGUUACGUAAAGCCGACGGACAAGCGCCGUUCCAAGUUCUUACAAAACGAAAAAAAUAUAUAUAAGGAAAACAACAACACAUAACACCAGAAAAUAUAUUCCCCAAUUCGUUUUUUCGCACGCGUGUGGCUAUAAAUUUUUGGCAAACAAAAAAAAAUAAAUACAAAAGUAUACAACAAAAAAAUUGAAAGAAGAAGAGGGAGAAUUUCGUGAUUGUGAGUGUGUGUGUGUGUGAUUCUCGAGCAACAGCCCACCCCCACACCCAGCGAAAAACCCCCCCUUUUUGGGGAAAAACAAGGAGGCGCGGCUCAACAGCGACAGAUGCCUUGCUGCUGCUGUUGUCAAAACUUCUUCUUCAGUUCAACUAAAACAGGCAAAAGCAAAGCACGCAAAAGAAUAAUUGAUGGCAAAAGAAAUGGAAAUGAAUAAAUGAAAAUACAAAAUAAAAAUAAAAAUAAGAAUCUAGAAAGCUGUCGUGUGCGAAGUGCAAGUGAACGAAAGUGAAGUGUAUAGUGAUGUGAGAUAUAGAUAUUGUAUCUGCAAGAUACAUUUACCCCGGGGGCAACGCAAACUGUUGCAUACGUGACUGCAGGCAGCUACGAGAAUAAUAUCAAAAACCAGCCAAGGGAUCACGAAAUAGCGUAUAGUGUAUAGGCGAAAAUGCCUCUGUCGCAGGGCUACUGCCUGAAGCCCUCGCUGGGCGCCAAGAAGCGGGCGAUGAAGGUGCUCCGCCAGGAGCAGCAGGACCAGGGCCACAUCCUGCCACCCAGCAGCCAGGCGGCACAGUGUUACCUGCCCCACAGCGACAGGCAGAACUCGCUGCACCUCUCCUACUGGCUGGGCGAAUCCUUUGCCAUGGAGGGCAAUCUCUCGAAUGCCUUCGAUGUCUACGAACUAAUAGCCAGCAGGCAAUUGGAGGGCCAUGUGCCCCUGGACAAACUGACCACGCUGGCCACCGCCCUGACCUCCCACAUCCGUCAAAUGGGCGGCAUUGCCACGCCCACCGUGAAGAGCCCCAGGGUGUCGGAAAGACUGGACAUAAUGCCCUGGUCGAGGUAUCACCACCGUCAGGGCAAACAAAACCCAGCCGAUCAGUUGGAAUUCCUAAGGGGAGUGGGUGAAUGUGAGUCCAUGGGUGCAACCAGUCCAUCUCCCCUGGAUCUUCACUCGCCCACGCGAGAACUUAGAGUACCAAGUCCACUGCAGGACUGGGAGGACUACGAUCCGCUGUUGUGUCCCCUGUGCGGCGAUAUCCUGCGCUGUCCGGUGACCACCAACUGUGGCCACACCUUCUGCCGGCAGUGCUGUGAGACGAUCACGCAGUGCAACAUCUGCCAGGUGCGAUUUCCGCGCAUCCAGGACUCCUACUCCUCGCCAGGACCACCAGGGACGACGGGCUGCGCCUUGACCACCACCACGGCCAGUGGUGCGGGAUCCAGCUUUUUCACAGCACCCUCCAAUCACAAUGCGAACCUCAGCCUGAUGAGCUUCCCCGUGGGCUAUGGGGUUCAACUGGCGUCCAGUGUCCACCGCUUGGCCGCACCACCCAUGACAGUGACCACCACCACGGUGGCCUCCACCACGGCCACGGCCACCACCACCAUGGCAUCUACUUCGGCGGCCGCCGCCCUGGGCUUGAGUGGCUAUCCCUCUGUCCACGGAGGAGGCAGCGGCUCCUCCGCCAUGAAGUUCAUGCCGGAUGUCCUGGUGCGUCGGCUGGUGGAGAAGUGGUGGGGCCCGGAUCUGCAGGCCAAGAAGAUCGGCGAGAAGGCCAGCAGCUGCAUGCACCUCAACCUGCUCGACGACGCCCUCAAGUUCUGCAAUGCCAGCUUGGAGAAAGCGCCAGCAAAUUUCAAGAGUCUCUGUCUGCGUGCUGAAGUUCUCCUAAAAUUGAGCCAUUUCCAAAGUUCUCUGGCGGAUAUCGAGAAUGCCCUGAGAACGCGCUGCACUUCACCCAAAGCCCACUAUUUGAGAGCUUUGGCCUUGAGCGGACUGGGUCGAUUGGAGGAGGCUUUGUACAACGGCUUUUUGGCCAUUUGCCUUGAUAAGAAUACAAAUCUCAGCAACUCGGAAAUAUUUCAACAUGAUCUCGCCAAGAUUCUGCAACGUCUCCUGGCCCAAAUGCCCAAGAAUCGAUCUUCGAUCAGUACCGCAGCACCACCUGUUUUCCAGCCACAGCACCGCAGCUUCGCCACCUCCCGAGCACCCUAUCCUCUACUUUGGGAGCAGGUGAGGAGGCGCAGGAAACAACAGCACCACCACAUCCACCAUCACCACCACCACGUCCACCUGGACGAUGUGGAGGACGAGUUCGGCCACUACGACGACUACAUAAUGGCCGGGGACGACAUGGAGGAGGAGGUGGAAGUGGAGGUGGACGGCGGGGAGCCGGGAUCCCUGCAUCUGGACGGUGACUUCCUGUUCCCCAGUGCCCUGGACUUCAUGGACCACCAUCGCCACCAGCGGCACGUCUUCGAGCAGAAGCAGUUCGAUCUGCAGCCACGUCGCCAUGCGAACCGGAAGCACUGCAAGCGGAAAUGGUCGGCGGCCAUGGAACCACUGGGCGGCAGGAUCGUCGAGGAGGAGGACGUGGACCAGGAUCAGGCAGCUGGCGAAAGUCAGCGGUGCAGUCGACUAUUCGCCGGUGUCUUGGAGCGCACGCAGCAGGAACUGCAGCGACUGAGAAAGUUGGACGAAUCGGCAUCAUCGCUGGCGGUGAGCUCGGUGGCCGGGCAGCUGAUCGACGCCAGCGACUUCGACUGCGUUGUUUGCAGCCGGACGCUGUGGAAACCGGUGGUGACCCCGUGCGGACACACGUACUGCCUGGUAUGCUUGGAUCGUUGCAUGGAUUACAACUCCCCGUGUCCAUUGUGCAUGUCACCACUUGUGGAGUUCAAUGUCAAUGCCAGUGCCAGUGCCAGUGCCAGUUCCAGUGCCAGUCAGAAUCCGAAUCCGAAUCAGAAUCCGAAUCAAAAUCAGAACCACCUGCAUCCGGGCUCAUCCUCGCCAGUUCCUUUCGCGCUGGCCAAGCGGCCAGUGACGAAGUUCCUAGAAGCCGCAAUGAAACGAUUCAUUCCAGACCACUAUGAGGCGCGAUUCCGGCAGGAGAUCGACCAGGAGCCCUCCGUGCCCGUAUUCAUCUGCACGGCCGCCUUCCCCGCUGUCCCCUGUCCCCUGUUCGUGUGCGAACCCCGCUACCGCCUGAUGGUGCGGCGGGCCGUCGAGUCGGGGGACAAGACCUUCGGCAUUGUGCAGCCGAAUGGUGGGAAGUCACGGUACUACGAUGUGGGCACCAUCCUGGACAUCCGCGACUGCGUCCAGCUGGGCGACGGCUGCUCCAUCCUCAGUACGAUUGGCUGCAAGCGCUUCAAGAUACUGGCGCGCAACGAGAAGGACGGCUAUGAGACGGCCAAGGUGGAGUACAUUUGCGACGAGCCGAUUGCCGAGGAGCAGGUGAAGAUACUGGCCGGCAUGCAGGGCAUGGUCUUGGCCAAGGCCAGCGGCUGGUUCGAGAGCCUCAGUACGGAGCAGAAGCACGAGAUCCUGCAGAGCUAUGGCCAGAUGCCGCCACUGGAGCAGAAUUGGGAGCUGAUCAGCGAUGGACCGGCGUGGGCGUGGUGGGUCAUAGCUCUGCUGCCCCUUUCCCAGCAGCUAAAGGUUGAUAUACUGGCCACCACCUCGCUGGAGAAGCGGCUGCGUGCCAUCGACAAGACGCUGGACUGGCUGCACGACCUCAGCCACCCACAGCAGCCGGCGCACCACCCACUGAACCACCACCCGCAGGCACCGCAAUCGCCGCAGCAGGCCCACCAUCUCGAUCUCGACUGCGAGGAGCAGGAGGCGGCCUCAUCCGGCUCCGAUGAGUGCUGCCUCUUCGCGGAAACCGGCAACGAGCCGCACACGGAUGAGGAGCUGCUCCUCUAAGACGCCUAGGGGAUUGUCCUAAUGCUAAAAUAAAAAAAGAGAGAAAUUAAAAGUCAGAUAUCUGCGAGAAACACUUUUUUGUAAAUUCUGUGUCUAAGCCAUUUCGUUUGUAAUCGAACGUUACAUGUUAAUCCUAGGGGCCAAAACCGAAAGCGAAGCAACUUUAGCAGAACCAAAAUUAUCACUAGAUCAGCAACAUAAUCUUUAGCUCUAACCGAUAAUAUUUGUGUGUGUAAUGUAUAUUGUAAAUGUGUGUAAAAUAACUAGAGAGCAAACCAGAGAAAUUUGUUUAGGAGCAAAACAAAAAAAAAAAAAAAAAAAAAACAAAAUCCCCAGUGAAACAAUCAAAAACUUGCUUUUGGCUCAAGCCCUCACCCAAAAACCCAUAAAUGUUAACUCAAUUUCCCUAGAUCGACUACAAACCACAUUCCACAAAUCUUGAAAAUAAGUUUGCCAUAGCAAAAGGAGCAAAGGAAAGGAAAUAUGCAAGAAAUAAAAUAAAAACUCUAACAAACAAAACUCAUGGUUUCUACAAACAAAAUACACAAAUUUUUGAACAUAAAACAAUUUUAAAAUUACUAAUAAAAUACCAAGUCGAAGGCCAACAAACGUACACUUAGAAAAAAAACAAAACCAAUCGGAUAGAAAUGAGCCAAGAAAACCAAACUCUUACAAAAAGUUUAACUUCUCUUAAUUUACUUUGUAUAAAGCGGCUGGAACUCUAAGACAAUCUGCAAUAUUUUUUUGAUAUACCUAAACGAAACUAAAAACAA